AUGAGCGACCCGAAGCCCCUCACCGCUUUUCAGCAGACAUACCACUGGCGGAACAAGAACUGCGGUCCUUGGGCGCAUGAAUGGGUCAAGAAGACUCUCCCUGGAGUCAAGGUCGAGCAAGGGGCGGAGAAGGCGGAGAUUGUGGAGGUGACUACCGUCACUGGAGACUGUGACCUCGGACAGAGGAAGGGCAAACUUCUGACCAUCUAUGACUUCGAGGUGGUCCUCCAGUGGAUCGGUACGACGUCUGAGGGAGAAGAAGCCAAGGGGAGCAUCAAGAUCACCGAGUUCAGCCAUGAGGUCCUGGACGGAUUAUCGGAGUACUGCUACGAGACCACCCUCAGUUCCACAUCAACCAAAGACGCCCAGUCUCUCCUCGCCACCCUCCGCAAGGCCUUCCCAGCCGCCCUCACCCCCAAACUCAACACCUUCCGCCCCGAGCUCCUCGCGACGCACGGGAACCCCUCAGACGGCGCCUCCUCCCCUGCUUCUGCGUCAGGUACAUCUACGCCUGCAGCGUACGCCCCUGCUCCACCUACGAAAGCUGCGGACGCAGCCAAGCCCGCUGCAGCUGCCGCUGCUCCCAAGGCUGCGGCUGGAGGAUACUCUGGCUCGACGAGUACGGUGGAGGUCACGGCGCAAUUGCAGGCGAGCGCAGAGGAUAUCUGGGGGCUGUUGACGGAUGAGAAGAGGAUCCCAAUGUGGUCGAGGUCGAAUGCUAAGAUGGCGUUGAAACCCGAGGGAGAGUAUGAGCUGUUUGGUGGUAACGUCCGUGGGAAGGUGCAGGCUGUGGAGCAGCCGACGAAGCUGGUUCAGACAUGGCAGACAAGGAACGGGAAAUGGCCGACAGAUCACUACGCUACACUGACGACCUCGCUUGCGCAGGGCUCAGACUCCACUACCGUUACUUUCUCGCUGGAUGGCGUACCUACCGGACAGGAGGACGACCUGAAGCGAGCCAUUGACCAAUUCUACAUCCAGGGAUUGAAACAAAUGGGGUUAGUCCAUUCCUCCACCUCCCGCACCCUCUCCUCCCGCCCGGCCCAGACCUACACCCCCAGCUCUGCGUCCAGACAACCCCGCCAUAAGCCGCGCGACAAGUCAAAGUCGGCGUCCAAGUCUUCGCAGGAGUCGACGCUGCUAGGCGGUCUCUUGAGUCCGCAGGUACUGGGCGUAGGGGCCCUUCUGGGGCUCUCGGCAGUGUUUGUGGGCUUGGUGGUGUACUCUAUUCCUGGAGCUGCGGCUGGUGCAGCUGGAGCAGGCGGCGGAGGAAGCCGGGGAAUAUGA